AUGCCUCCAGACAGGCUACGGCUUCCCAAAAUGAGACUCUGGGCACUCCUGCCAUUCCUGGCCCCCUUCUUCUUCCCGUGGAACAUCCAGGAGCCUGAGCUGGCAGAGGGGUUCUUUAUCAGAUCAUGCCCAAGAGUCAGGGUGAAGUGUGAGGUUCAAGAGAGGAAUGAGUGCACAAGGCACAAGCAGUGUCCAGACAAGAAGAGGUGCUGCCUGUUCAGCUGUGGAAAGAAGUGCUUAGACCUCAGAGACGAUGUAUGCAGUCUGCCACAGGAUUCUGGCCCUUGCUUGGCUUACUUUCCACGCUGGCGGUAUGACCAAGAAACUGAGCUCUGUACCCAAUUCAUCUAUGGCGGUUGCCAAGGGAAUGCGAACAACUUCCAAUCUGAAGGUAUCUGCACAGUUGUCUGCAAAAAAAACAACAUACCUUCCUGGAUAUAAUAAGGAUAAGCUGGGAGAAGCUCCGGG